CUUUUCAACCUAAUAAAUUUCCAACCUACUACCUCUUAACAAUGUAUAAACCCCUCACUUUGUCUUCUUUCUCAUCUUUCAACUCGCCGGAAACCUCACAUUCCGGCAAUGACGCCGGUCGGAAUUCUCGCCUGGCUACUCCUCCUCUUAGCCAUCUACUGUGGAAUCGACCCUUUCAACCACAGCGCAAUCCGCCACUUCCCCGAUUUCGAAGCGUACCAGGUAGACAUGCCCGCGUGGUCUGAAGUUCCUGUCGAGAAAGAUACUCAGAAUCUGCUGCAGAAAUCGGAAAUUAGGUUUUUGAACCAGGUCCAAGGGCCGGAGAGCAUGGCCUUCGAUCCGCAGGGUCGCGGACCUUACUCCGGUGUCGCCGAUGGCCGGAUUUUGUUCUGGAACGGCGAGUCGUGGACCGAUUUUGCGUACACAUCGCCUAAUCGGUCAGAACUAUGUGACCCAAAACCAUCGCCUUUGAGCUAUUUGAAGAAUGAGCACAUAUGUGGCAGGCCUUUGGGACUUCGAUUUGACAAGAAAACAGGUGAUUUAUACAUUGCAGAUGCAUAUUUUGGGUUGAUGAAAGUUGGGCCUGAGGGUGGACUAGCGAUGUCACUGGCAACUGAGGCAGAAGGGAUCCCGCUGAGGUUCACAAAUGAUCUGGACAUUGAUGAUGAUGGAAAUAUUUAUUUUACUGAUAGUAGCGCCAAAUACCAAAGGAGGAACUUCAUGCAGUUAGUUUUCUCUGCAGAAGACAGUGGGAGGGUUCUGAAAUACAAUCCAAAUACAAAGGAAACUACUGUCCUUGUUCGAAAUCUUCAAUUUCCCAACGGCGUUUCUCUAAGCAAGUGUGGUUCAUUCUUUGUAUUCUGCGAAGGGUCCAUCGGCAGAUUAAGGAAGUAUUGGCUGAAAGGUGAGAAGGCAGGAACAUUUGAAGUACUGGCUAUUCUACCAGGAUUUCCUGAUAAUGUCAGAACGAAUGAAAAAGGUGAAUUUUGGGUAGCAAUCCACUGUCGCCGCUCUAUGUACUCUUAUCUAAGUUCCAAGUACCCGAAAAUUCGGAAAUUUAUGCUUAAGCUUCCGAUCCCGUCAAAAUUCCAGUUCCUGCUCCACAUUGGGGGCCAACCCCACGCUGUAGUUGUGAAAUACAGCCCAGAGGGUAAGCUUUUGCAGAUAUUGGAAGACAGUGAAGGGAAGGUUGUUAAAGCAGUUAGUGAAGUGGAGGAGAAGGAUGGGAAGCUGUGGAUGGGGAGUGUUUUGAUGCCUUUUGUUGCAGUUUACCAAUUGGGCUGAGGUUAACGAACCCUUUUUUUUUAAUGAUUAAAUGUUACUAUUGGAGGAAUGUUCUUCCAUAUCUGGGACUUUAAUAUUAUAGUUCUUUAUAGAUGUUAACUUGUCUGUUCC